GCCUGUGAGUACGACUUCAAAGCAGAUAUUUGGUCGUUAGGCUGUGUUGUUUUUGAAAUGAUUGAAAGAGAAAAAGCUUUUCCUGGUGUGCAAGAAUUGGCAGUUUUCCACAAAAUUUGCAAUAGAAUUGUUGCCAUUCCAGAAGAUUCAAAGCUAUGUUUUUUAAUUAAUGUAUUGCUCGAACCAAAACAAGAGAAAAGGCCGUCGGCAGAAGAAGUUCUUACUCUUUUGGAGAACAUGGCUUUAAUUGAAGAAUGUACAAAUGAUGGAAGCCGCUGGUGGAAUUUCAGCUUUUGGCCGAAAGGUAAAAGAACUUAUCAUUUGAAAUAA